CAAAACCGAAUGGUCAAUGUGUAUACAAAAAUGAAAACCUACCAAAAAGGAGAUACUUUCAACGAUGCCUGUGAAGCAGUCUGUUCCUGCGAAGAUGGAGGAUUUGUUUCAUGUAAACCAAGAUGCCCUGCUGUGAAUAACACAAAGUCCGAGAAAUGCCUCACGUUACCAGACACUAAGGACCCCUGCUGUACUCUAGUGUUGUGUGAUGUCUCCUUGGAUGACCAUGAUGCCUCUAAGCCAGAUGAUGAGGAAAUUCCAACACUCCGGUUGGUGUCAGCAACUCCAGUCAACAGCUCAGCAGUUACACUAGAGGUUUUGCAGCCUCCCAAUACCACCCUGGAGGCAGAAUACAGUCUGGAUGGUUCUAUCUGGAGCUCAGCCUCAUUGGAAGGCUCCACAGUCGGCAGCCUGAUGGGAGGCAAGACAUACCAUUUCCGUGUGAAGGCAGGGUCUGCAAUGAGCAAUGUCAUCCAGGUCAGCGUGCCCUCUGCCAAGUUCAUCCCUAACAUGUGCGAAUACAAGGGGAAGAACUACACUAGAGGAGAAGAAUUCCAUGAUGGAUGUGCCGCAUAUUGCGCAUGUGGCAAGAUGGGUGUAGAGUGUGCCACAAUCGAAUGUCCCACAGACUUCGGGCUGGAUGUGUUAGACCCACACUGCCUUACUUGGGAGACCCAGCCAGCCGAUUUUGUGCCCACCCCUCCUCGAUGUUGUCCCGAGACAGUCAAGUGUAAGGACAACGGAUCUUGCACUUAUGCUGGGGAAAUAUUUCCUAACUGGGCGGACAUCCCUACCAAGUUAUCAGGGUGUGAGCAGCGCUGUUACUGCGAAAUGGGCAAUGUAACCUGCCAUGCUGCUUGCCCACCCGUGCCCGCCACUCCACCACCUGACCUCCCCUGUGGACCCAGACAGGCGAUCCUCUCCCACCAUCCUGACGAUGACUGUUGCCUCUUUUGGAUGUGUCCUCAUACAGGAACUCAACUGGACAUGAAACCAACUGAUACAGAUAUGAUGGUACAAGACAAGACAAAUGAUACAAUGACAAACAUUACUACUACUGCUACUCCAGACAUGCCCCUACUUGGCCCUUACAACCCCAACUAUAAUGCGACUCUACCUCCCAAAACCAAACACUAUAAAAAUCAGACAAACAGUAAGAAAGACUAUUUUCCAGGACCAUUUAGUUUGCAGCAUUUGGAAGACGAAGUGCGUAAAGGGCAAAAUAAACCAAAGCCAGAUGCCCCUCAUAAAACAAAACCACUGAAAGAAAACCCUCUUGUUGACAUUUUAGCACCCUUUCACUUGCCCGCUUCAGAAAUACCAGACAUUCGCCCUGACAAUACCAGUAAUAAGCACUCAACUGACAGUAUAGAAAUAGAACAUCCAAUUCCUGAUUCAAAGUUUGAGGAUGAUAUUCCUGACACAAAUGAAGGCGUCUUUUCCCAUUUCCCAUUCUUGUCCCCACCCCUUUCAAAGCCAUCAAAGUAUGAUAAAGAUAAAACUAAACCAGCUCGAUUUCCAAUUUCACCUGUUUUGGAUGGGCCAAAACAACACAUUCCAUUCCACCAUAACUUCAAUGAAGACCAUGAACAUGAGUUUUCUGGUCUGUUCAAGCCAAAUAAAUCUCCUGAAAUUCAUCAAUUUAAUGGGAACAAAUCAUCAUUUACAGACAACUCCAUACUGAAACCUACUCAAAACGAAAACAUAAAGAUAGGUCCCUCACCUUUUGGUCAUGGAGGUGAUCACGAAUUCCAGUAUGAAGGAGAAAAGGGUCCAGGUCCCCUUACUCCAGAUCAGAUUUAUUACAUCCAUGACCAAGGUUUCCCUCAACAGGUUCAACCCAACGUUAGACCCAAUCAAGAUAUGUAUCAUGUGCAACAUUUCCAAAUACCUUUUGAUGCUGAACAUACUCAGCAGAAUCCUGAAAGCAGUCCUCCAAAGAGUAAUAAAAAGAAACCCAUAGACAAACACCAAAACCAAAACUUACACAUACUUCCACAGGAGAUUUUAACACAUCUGCACAGCCUGUCACCCCACUUGCCUAAAGGAGGGCAAAUACCUCCACAUCUUCACCCUGAAGAAAUAAUUCACUAUAUUCAACCAAAUCCUCAAUUGAAUUUACAACAACAGCAUCCACCUGCUCACUAUUUGACUCCGGAGGAAAUCUAUCUUUACCAGAACCCUGACAAAACUCCUGAUGUGAAAAUUCGUCCACAUCCUCACAAUAUCCCUAACCAAAACAUUGCAAAUCCAGGAAGGGAUACAAUUCACAUUCACAGUCCGUCCAUCCCCACUUCUCCCAGUCAGCGUGUAGAGGAGAUACUCGCUCAUUUGAGACACCAAGACCCCCACCAAUACCCAGGACCUGUGACUCACUUUACUCCACACUCCGGACCCGGAUACCGGGAGUCAUUACUGACUCAACCCUCGUCUCACGCUGCCGUUCCUCACGGACUGCAGAACAACUCUCACCCAGGCUUUAACAACAAUUUACCGAUAAAUGGAUUCCCACCACAUCCAGGAAACCAGGAUCCAAACGAAAUUAAGGUGCACACUCUGGAGGCGAUUGACGACUCUACGGUCCGCCUGAUCUUCUCUGUGCCCGGAGUGUUGGUGGGUCUACAUGGCCGAGUGGAGCUCAGAUACACAUCAGACAGGCAGAACAGCGACCCAGCCACUUGGGAACAGCAAGUACUGGCUCCCCCUGAUGAUCUCAUUGCCACUCCAGAACUUGAGUUUGAGCUAGGAAGCCUCCAACCAGACACCACGUACAAGAUUAAGAUCUCCAUCGUGAUGCGAGACCUGCAGAACUCUCCAGUCAGCAGUAUCCUGACUGUCAAGACUUUACCAAGACAAACAUCAACCACCUCAUAUCCACCUGAGAUUGCUGUAGACCCAGAACUGAGGGUGGCUGAGCUUAAUGCCACAUGGGUGAAACUUGUUUGGAGAACUUUCUCUGAGUUUGAACUUCAGUUCAUUGAUGGAGUUCAACUUCGUUAUAAGGAGCCACAUGCUCAGGUGUUUUCUGCCACUCCACUGAUUCACCGGGCUGUCACUAGUUACGUGAUUGAAGACCUGAAACCCAACACGCUCUAUCAGGUUGGGAUCUACUUUAUACCUUUCCCUGAGCAAACUACAGAACUUCGGGCACAGGAGAGCAUUGAUAUUACCACUGCUGUCGAGAACGACCCGUACAGUUUUGAGUUAGUGGUGGAUGUACAUCAUGUGAAGAUGUCAUCAGUAGAGUUGACCUGGUCCGGAGUCCCAUAUCCAGAGGACAAGUACAUCAACAUCUUCCGGGCAAUCUACCAGAGUGAGGGAGAAAGGGAGGACUUCAGCAGCUUCAAGGUGGCCAAACGGGACGCUCCUCCCAACACCCUCAUACAGGGGCUCAAACCCAACACUCGGUAUCAUCUGUGGCUAGAAGCGUACCUAACUAAUGGCAGGAUCAAGAAGAGUAAUGUAAAAGAUUUCACCACAAAGCCAGGUGUCGUGCCAGCCAGCGAUAGUUUACAAGGCAAGCUGGAGGCUACGCCGCUGGUAGAGAGCAGUGACUACUAUGGAGCUCUAGUGGCUGUGUCCAUACUAGCCACUCUGGCUGUCGGAGCCGUCAUCAUCCUGGGACUCAUCUUGGCCAAGAAACAUGGCCACAAUAAGGCACCCAUCACGGCUGCUAAUCAUCGCAAAGCACAGUCGGCCGCCUACGACAACCCAUCCUAUAAGGUGGAGAUCCAGCAGGAGACCAUGGAUUUGUGAGAGUGGCAGGCCUGUCAGGCCCUGGGGCUGUCUCUGCCUAGUCGUCAACAUUCCUCAAGACUUGUACAUUCCUUGCCAAAGACUUUCAGCAACUUAGCAAUAACUUUACUCAGUUUCUGGUUUGUAAUUUAACAGAAGACACAAUAUAGAUAAAACUUUGGUAGAAAAUUAUCAUAUAAUAUUACUGACAAUACUAAACUGGCAAUAUACAACAUAUUGACUAUCCAUUUCAGUUUUAUUUUUUAAGGAAUAAUCAAAAAUUAGCCAGAACAAUGAAGAUAGUUUAUCAUCUUGGCUUUAAAUUUAUUAUUUUUGAUAGAGCGAAGUAAAAUAAUGAACUGCUUUAUUUGAAAAGUGGUGAAAUUAAGUAUUUUGGUACAUAUUUAACAUGUUUUAAACUAUUCAUAUUGAAUGAUUUUGACUAUAUAAAAAACAUUUUAUAUUUUUUAUUAUACACUAUUUUUGAAACGCCACAAACUAAUAAAGGCUUGGAAUGGAAAUUCAAACUUGGUGUUAGUUAUCAAGUAUAAAAUUAGGCUUUAACUGACUUAUGUCAGCGUGUAUAUUUUUUAUAAUAUUGUGUUAUUUUGUUUGUAAAUAUUUAUAAAUAAUGUUAGCUUAACUUCUCCUUUCCUGUAAAAUGUAUAAACUAAGUGAUGUAAAUUUCUGACCAACAACAUAGUAGCCUGAUUAUGUUCCAUAACAUUUAAUGGUUGUAGAAAUCUUCAUUAUAUUAAUCAUUUUAGCAAUGUAAUAAUUUAUUGUUAUUGGUCAUAUUAAAAUAAAAGCUUACUAAAGUAGUAAAUCAAAUGUAUAAAUAUUUUUAUCGUUUUGGUAAAGUGUUAAGUUACAUAAACAUAUAUUGUGAUAUUAUCAUCAAUUUCUGAAUAUCUUACUUAAAUAUGAUUAAAUUCUGUUUGGUACGAACUCCUUAGCCACAUGUAUGUAUCAUUCAAAAUUAAAAACUGGCCAUCUGAAUGUUUUCUUAAAACGAUGUCUAGUACAAUAGGAUUUAUUGUUAUAAAUAAAUUAUACUGCAUAAACCCAAAUUUUUUUUUAUUAUGUGCAUUACAUUUAAGUCAUAGUCCCCUAAACUACAGUUUUCAACUUGUAAGCAAUAUUGGGAAUCCCUCUAAUGAAUACUUGUUUCACUGGCCUAUUGGUAUAACAAGGAAUAAAUAAACUGAUAUUUUUAUUUUAUCACAACAUUCAUCUGAUAAUAUUAUGACCUUGACGGUAUGUUGAUUAAAACCUUGGUAUUAUAAAUGUUAUACACUAUCUAAUAAGAUUAUUAUCAUUUAAUAUUUUAUAGUAGUUGCAUCAUAUUUUCCAUGUAAUUCUGUUUCUAGAAUUUUUUAGAUAUAAAUGGGUUGAAAGUAAUGUAAAUUUAGUCGUUAUUAAAUAAUAUAUUGCUCUAUUGUGAAAAAAUCUGAGUUUGUAGUAAAAUCGUGGUUUAAAAUUUUAUAUAAAAAUGACUUUUAAAACUAUUUUGAAAGACUUAAGUGAUGAGUAUUAAACUUAAGUGAUGAGUUUCUUCAAAAUCAGAAUAUUGUAGUUUAAAAAAAUGAAACUAAUACUUAUUACAGAGUUUCUAACACAUAAUUUGCUGAAAAUUAUGACAAUUUAACUAAAAUCCGUAGAAUAGAAUAACUUUGAUUUACUUGAACUUUGAGGUUUUGAGUUAAAUUAUUAAAUUUGUGCUGUAAAAAUGAGAAAACUAUAAUUAAAAAUAACGCUUUCAUAUGAAUUUUGUUCAAAAUCGGUUCAUUUGUUUGACAUCUGGUGAUGCUUAUGAAAACCAACAUAAAAACUGGUAUUUCAAUUGAAACCCAAAUUUCAAUUUGUUAUAUCACUAUAAGAUUUUCUUCUUUAGUAUACAAAGGAGUAAAUAAUAAUUGAUAUAGGAUCUUGCGUAAAAUCACAUUGAAAGGGUGUGUUCAUUUCCUCAGGAGUUCUUAAAAGUAGAGAAUCAAGUAUUGAUAAUACAACCAGGUUGUUCAAAAACAGGUUACUAGUUAUUGUAUAGGCUUGUUGUGUAAAUAAUACUAGGUAGCAUAUAAUUUUAUACAUCACAAAUGUUUAGAAAUUAUAUACUAUAAUAUACAAAAUAUUGUAAAAAAAUAGUUUUAAUAAACCAAUGUUUGGCCUUUACGA